AGUUAUUAUUAUCUUCAUUCUUCACUCAGAGUCACUCACUCUUUCUCUCUAUAGUUCCCUUAUUUCUCUCAACAAAUUGACAAACUGUGGAUCCCAAAAUGCUCUCAACAGUUGCAUUGAUCUGCAUUGUUUUCAUCGGCGUCGUCGGUGGCCAAUCUCCGGCCACAGCGCCGAUCCAUUCUCCUUCUACAUCUCCUCCUCAUCAUAAGCCUAAAUCCACAUCUCCCGCCAUUUCUCCACCUGCUCCAACCCCCGAGUCCACUCCCACUUCGGAUGCACCGGUAGAACCGCCCGUUGAGGCACCUAAAUCCUCAGCUAAUGUGCCGGUUACGUCUCCUCCUUCUCCUACACCUGAGGCUUCUUCUACUCCUCAGAUCUCUCCUCCGGCUCCUUCACCGGAAGCUGAUACUCCUUCGGCUCCUGUGGAUGCACCGUCAUCCGAAGACGUCUCGGCUCCAGCUCCGAGCAAACAAAAGAAGAAGACGAAGAAACAUAUGACCGCACCGGCUCCUGGACCAGCUUCGGAGCUUCUAAGCCCGCCUGCACCACCAGGUGAAGCUCCUGGUCCUGGACCAAGCGAUGCUUUCUCUACCGCCGCCGACGAUCAGAGCGGAGCACAAAGAACAAGUGUAAGGCAAAUUCUGAUGGUGGCAGGAGUCACAUUACCCCUACUUGCUCUAGUCUUCUAAUAAUUUUUUGUCUCAUUUGUCUCAUUUUACAGCUCAAAUUUUGUAUUCAGCAUUUGAUAUAUAAAAGAAUAAUUUUGAUACAUGCUAUCUAUCUUCUGCAAAUUUGCUAAUUAGCCCAUCAAUGGUAAAAUAUUCUCACUCAGUCACAUCCAUAGCUACAAUGUUUUCUUCAAAGACAUGUAAAAUCAGAAAAAGAAAAAUUAGGAAAAAAAACUAUUCCAAAUCAAAGCUUAUUCUGAGAAUCAAUCGAAAAUUAAAGAAUACAGAGAACCAAC